AUGGCACAAAGAUCUGGUCUAAUUCUCUUUCUUCUGUUUUUCUUCUCAUGUCAAAUGUUUUCUUCUUUGCGGGUUAAUAAUUCGCCAAGCGCGGAAGCGCAGAGGCUUAUCCGCAGUUUUAACUUGUUUCCGGCCAGUUCCGGCGGCGGCCCUUCUUCCGGCCGAUUACCCGAUGCAGUAGUACUGUCGUCCUCAUUGGUCGAAAAGCGAUUCAGUCUCCCAGUCCCUGGUCCUUCGAUUCGGAAUUUGGGUCAUUAUUCCGGCUAUUAUCGACUUCCUCACUCUAUAGAUGCAAGGAUGUUUUACUUAUUCUUUGAGUCGAGAAAGAAUAAGCACAAUGACCCAGUUGUGAUAUGGUUGUCCGGAGGACCCGGAGCUAGCUGUUUAAUAUCUAUGUUUUAUGAAAACGGUCCUUACCGUAUAACAACAACCAACAACAAUAAUAAUUCUCUUAUCUGGAAUGACUUUGGUUGGGACCAGGUCUCCAACUUGAUCUAUGUGGACCAGCCCAUCGGCACCGGUUUCAGCUUUAGUUCCCAUAACUCUGAUUUACGUAAUGAUCAAGAGGGUGUUAGCAAUGACUUGUAUGACUUCUUGCAGGCAUUCUUCGCUGAACAUCCUCAAUAUUUGAGGAACGAUUUCUACAUAACCGGAACAUCAUAUGCCGGCCACUAUAUCCCUGUCUUAGCCUCUCGGAUUCACAAUGGAAACAGAAACAGAGAUGGAGCUCCCAUUAACCUUAAGGGUUUUGCUAUUGGAAAUGGAUUUACAGACUCUGCAAUUCAAUUCAAGUCAAUGCCAGAAUAUGCUAAAGGUUUGAAUUUGAUCACAGAAUCUCAAGUCAUAAAAAUCUCCAGAUUGAUACCAGCCUGCCAGAGAGACUCAGCUAAAUGCAAUGCAGGAGGAGGAGGAGAUAGCUGUUUAGAUGCGUUAUCUUCCUGUCAUGCCAUAUUCAGUCAUAUAAUGGAAUUAAAUGGUCAUAGGAAUUAUUUCGAUAUUCGAAAGAGAUGUGCGAGUAACAGUUGCUAUGAUUUCUCGUAUAUGGAACACCUAAUAAAUGAGAGAUUGGUUAGAGAAGCCCUUGGAGUUGGGACUAUUAAUUUUGUUUCUUUGAGCCAAAAUGUUUAUAAUGCGCUUCUUAAGGAUUUUUCGAGGAAUCAUGCCGUGAGAAUUCCUCCGCUUCUUGAAGAUGGAAUUAAAGUCUUAAUAUAUGCAGGAGAAUAUGAUCUCCUCUGCAAUUGGUUAGGGAACUUGUGGUGGGUUAUGGAGAUGAAAUGGUCGGGUCAGAGACAAUUCAAAGGGACUUCCAUAGCUUCGUAUAAUGUGGACGGUUAUUUGAAGGGACAACUUAUAAAAUAUGGACCUCUAUCAUUCCUUAAGGUUCUUGACUCUGGACAUAUGGUUGGUAUGGAUCAACCGAAAGUGGCAUUGGAAAUGAUGGAAAGAUGGAUAAAAGGGACUCUUUGA